UCCGCCGCUAUAAAAGGGAGACUCACCUCACCAACCCCGCCCCACCCUGCAACCUAUAAUCAACUAUCCAUCCGCUUUUGUAUCGACAUUUGGGAGAGGAAAAGGGGAAGAGCCAAGGAGACACCACACAACACCGAGAAAAAGAGUUUGCAGUCUUCUGAAAAUGUCUCUGCUAUCAGAUCUCAUCAAUCUCGAUCUCACCGAUUCCACAAACAAGAUCAUUGCUGAAUAUGUUUGGAUCGGCGGAUCAGGAAUGGAUCUCCGGAGCAAAGCCAGGACGAUUGAUGGACAUGUGACUGAUCCAGCAAAGCUUCCCAAGUGGAACUACGAUGGGUCGAGCACAGGCCAAGCUCCCGGCGAAGACAGCGAAGUGAUCCUAUACCCCCAGGCAGUUUUCAGGGAUCCAUUUAGGAGGGGAAAGAACAUCUUGGUGAUGUGUGAUGCUUAUACCCCCGCUGGUGAACCCAUCCCAACCAACAAGAGAUAUGAAGCAGCCAAAAUUUUCAGCCAUCCGGAUGUAGUUGCUGAAGAGCCUUGGUAUGGCAUUGAGCAAGAGUACACUCUCUUACAAAAGAAUGUCAAGUGGCCUCUCGGAUGGCCCACGGGGGGCUAUCCUGGACCUCAGGGGCCAUACUACUGCGGAGUUGGAGCAGACAAAGCUUUUGGACGUGAUAUUGUAGACUCGCAUUACAAGGCUUGCCUUUAUGCUGGGAUCAACAUCAGUGGUAUCAACGGGGAAGUUAUGCCCGGCCAGUGGGAAUUCCAAGUUGGCCCUGCUGUUGGCAUCUCAGCAGGCGACGAGGUGUGGAUGGCUCGUUACAUACUGGAGAGGAUCACUGAAAUUGCGGACGUUGUGUUGUCAUUCGAUCCCAAACCUAUUGAGGGUGACUGGAAUGGUGCUGGUGCUCACACUAACUACAGCACGAAGUCGAUGAGGAACGACGGUGGGUACGAGGUAAUAAAGAAGGCGAUUGAGAAGCUGGGGCGGAGGCACAAGGAGCACAUUGCUGCAUACGGUGAGGGCAACGAGAGGAGGCUGACAGGGAAGCACGAGACUGCGGACAUCAAGUCCUUCAAAUGGGGUGUUGCUAACCGCGGGGCAUCUGUGCGCGUUGGUCGUGACACGGAGAGGGAAGGGAAGGGCUACUUCGAGGACAGGAGGCCGGCUUCCAACAUGGACCCCUAUGUCGUCACUUGUAUGAUUGCCGAGACUACCAUCCUAGGGAAGAACUAGUUAGUGGUGAUGAUGGAAUCCUUCCUUAAUCACUACUUUGUUUCAAGGGCAGGUUAGGAAAGGGAUUUGAAUUUCAAUUUGAAUUUCAAUUUGAAUUUGGAUUUGGAUUUGGAUUGUUUAUUGCUGUCUGCCCUUCUAAGGACGGUUUGUGUUUGUUUAUCUUUGUCUCUCUCUCUCUCUCUCGAACCUUAGCCUAUGCUUGCUUGCUUGCGAAUAAAUACAUUAAUAUUA